UGAGAGCGGCGCGAGGAAGCCAGUAGUGAAGUGCGCACGGCUGAUCCUGGGCUGUCAGUACUGGUGUCCCCGCCUCUUCCACCGCAGGAACCUCCACAUCAGCCCAAGUCCUUAUCACCACACGAUCUCCUAUGAAGAUUUGUGUGUGCACUGAAAAUGCGAAUCAAGAGAGGGAUUAAUUGUCACUCUAUCGUUGACUUGCAAGCACGUUAGAAGUACUUACCAUUGCCUGUGCCAAGCGAGGCGGUGCCAGGCGAGGGGGAAAUAAGUAGCCUCCAGGACAAGAUUCGGAGCCAUACUUGCCUGACGUGGGGUACGAGGCGCGAUGGGGAAGCGCGUCCUCAGUCUCCUCAUCCUCGGGGUGGUGGUGCCUCUUGCCCAUGAAUACCAGAUACCCAAGGAUACGGCUGUUACUUAUGAGAGGCCAAUGUCACUCUCACCAUCGUCACCACCACCACCACACCAUCAAUCGCAGCCACCACCAUUCUUACAACCACAACAACAAAUACCAGCACAACUUGGCCCCAACCCUCCAAUACCCACCUCCGUCGGCCAUUACCUUGGAAACCACCAACAGAUAGACCCGUGUGCCCGUGACGAGGUGCUGGUGCGCGGCACGUGUCACCGCCUGCUCACGCGCGGCCCUUGUGCCCCGGACGAGUAUGUGUUGCUGGAUCCCGCCGACCAUAAAGGCUUCUGCGCUGCACGACUCUGCGCGCCCGACAGGAUCUUUGUCUUCAGCGACCAGCUCUGUCACGAUCCCCUCAAUUCCAUGAUGUGUCCGCCGGGCCGACAGCUGUACCAGACGGCCUACGGGACGCCGCUGUGCCAGUGCCCGGAUGGAACUUAUGAGGCAGACGACGAUCUAGACGAUGACGUGUGCCAACCUCUUCUAGGCACGUCCAUCUCGUGCCCGUCCGGACAGGUCCUGUGGUUUAGGGAUUUCACGCGGCCCCCAGAGUGCUUGCCGGACCCCUGCGGCGGCAAGAAUCUUCGUCGAGGUCCCAACGACUUGCCUUUCGUCCCCUCAGCUGAGGAUGGCAAGUGCUACCAGCUGGGUCAGACGCACGGCGUGUGUCCCGCUCAGACGUGGUAUUCCCUGGCGCUGCAAACCCUAAGGGGCGUGUGCGUCAGCGUUGAGGAUGCGGGCUACGAGGUGUUCGACGAGGCCACCAUGUCCUACUUGACACAACUCUACGGUCCCCUCAUUUCCAGGGAGAUUGCAGCACCCUCUCCCUCUCCAUCACCCGCUCCUGCCCCAGCACCAACAUCAGCCCUUUCCCCAGCCCCAGGUCCAACUUUUACCCCAACACUCACCCAGCAAACCCCAUUACCGCCACAGUCUCACCUUGAGCAGCAGCAUUUGUUUGCUGGGAGUCAAGGAUCGUCUGGUGGAAGAGAAGCGCGGCAUGAGCCUGGAAGAGCCACCACCAGCCAGGCAGACACUCAGGACAGUUUGUUCUCUGGCCAGCAAAUGCCAAAAAAAGUUACAGAUCUAGAUACAUAUGGCCAAGGAUACACCGAGCAUGCAAGACCCCGCCAGGAAGAGCCAGGUCGCGCUGUCCAACACCAUAUAGAGCAACAAGCUCAUGGUCAGGAAGGUUCUCUCCCUAGUCGUAAGAAAGGCAUUGCACGUGGCCAGGAAAAUCUAGCUAACUUAGCGUCCCCCACCAUGACUCCAGAUGAUAAUGGAACGUCAUUGCGGGAAUCACCACAACAAGCGGUGAUCCAGUCUGCCAACGAGCCACCCUCAGAACACUUCCACGCUCAUUCUCCUCACAUUACUUCCAAACUUUCCCACUCCUUCUCUUCUCCCACCUACUAUUCCCUCCCACAAAAGACUGUCUCCCAGCCCUCUUCUGCCUUCCCCUCUCACUCACAGCAACAACCCGAUCACUACAUGUUCCCACAUCAACAUCAUGAGCCCCUUCCUGCUCAGUCCUCCUCCUCUUCCCUUCCCUUCCCCUCAGUUCCGGCUUUCUCCUCCCAUUACUCCGACCCGGAACAUCAUGCUUCUCCCUCCCAGGCACCCCCCACCCAUUCCUCAGUCAUUCCCAACCUCCCAAAAGACACCCGGCCCUCUAACUACUACAGUCAGCCGUCAUCGACAAGUCAUCAUCUUCCACAAGCUUCUCCAGCCCUCAGCCCUCGCCUGGCACUUCACCAACCCCCUAGGCACGCUACUUCUCACUCAACUCUUCUCAUACCAGCUAGCUUCGAACGACAGCAGCUGUCUCUUGAAACGUUUGGCGCUCCCAACGGCAAGGUGGUGAUGAAUCAACAAUUUGCUCCACAAGGGAGUCCAACGUCACGCGCCCCAAGCAGUCACGCCUCAGCAGUGGACGCCAGCGGACACCAGAAUUCGUUCAACGGGUCUACCACAUGGGAACCGAAAGAAAGGCAGCACCAUUCUUUGCCUCACCAGCAGCAACAACAACAGCACCAGCAGCAUCACCACCACAGAGGGCGUCGCUCAACGCUGCCUCAUGCUUCCCCCGGCAAUGUGAUCCAGCCGCUCCUCACCGCCUGUCGUGCCGGAGCUCAGCGCGACGUGAAUGCAAAGUGUCGCGAAAUAGUGUUGCCUGCCAAGUUGGAGGGCGCAAGAGACGUAAAGGCAGCGCCACCUGUGCCUCCGCGACCCUCUUGUCCGGAGGGCCAGGCGUACAACAGCAAGAGGAAAUGUGUAUCCGUCAACGAGGCCAUCAACUCCGUCAAUGCCUUCAACCUGGGAUGUCCGGUCUCCUGUCUCCCUCCUCCCUCCACACCCCUGCCCCACGCUCCACGCCGCCUUGCUUUUCUCUUAUUUCAUUAGCUGCGUGACGUGACAUGACGUGACGCGACGGCCAACAAGCUGUGGGCGUCCCGCGAACCCGUCAAGAUAGGCAGUAGGACUCCUCUUUGUAGAUCAAAUUUUGCUAAACUCUACAAAACAUUUUAAAUUAUACUUCCGGAAAUCCUGUGUUUUUCUAUAUUCCUUACUAACUCAUAUACUAAGUUAGUUCAUGAGUUAGGUUACUUGCCACAAUACAACCACCAAGUUAUUUACCACAACACAACCACCCAAUUGAAUCUGAGCCUCUUGAAACAGUGAACUGGUGAGUGAUAUGUCAAACUUUUGAAUUUUGUAAAUUCGUAAAAAAAAAAAAAAAAAAAAAAUCACACUAUUAGUAUAAUAGUGUAAUAAGAGCGAGUUGACAUAUUAUUACAGACUUAAAAUAAAUACAAAUAUUAAAAAGAAGAAGAUAAUAACGGGCAGAGUGUGUCAGAGUUUACCAGUGAGAUGUGGAAGGAAUAUAAAUACUGUUUCACUCUUUCAUUAAUAAAGUGUUGGUGCGUCAAGAAAGUGGAUAGAGCCAAGUCAUAGACACUGCUGCCUAACUAAUUUUCACUCAUUCCCCUGUACUAGGAAAUAUAUAAGCUUCUUCUUUUAGUACUGUGUAAAGGUGGUGGCCAAGGAAACAUGAUUGUAGAGAACUGCUGCCGUAUAUUAAUAUAAUAAAACUGUACAAUAUAAAUAAAGUGAAGUUGCUAAGACCCGCACGUCCAACCCCCAGGCUGGCUGUACGAGGACUCCUGGUUGCUGGGACUGCCGGUUCAGGUCAGGGCCGGAGUUGGGGUCCGGAAGAGAAAGGGGUGAGGGUUGACCUCACUCCCACGUGGUGAUAGCCGAGGCAACCGGAGGCUGGGUCAGGUUCCAAGGGACUGGAGAAUGUAAUGCAGAGGCGGGUGAAGCGUCCCACCACAUCGCUCGGCCACCCUUCUCGCGGCGUCCUCGCAGCGAACAAAGCACAUGGGGUGAUGCAAGCAUAUUAAAGCACAUAACUCACAUCAUAAAGACGCGCUUAUCUGUGUAAGACACGUGAUCUACACACCACAGUUAAUCGUAAGGCUCACAGAACAAUGACGCCAGAACAGUGGGUAUGCACUGGCGAAUCACAAAACUCACAUAGCCGUGAUGUCAGAAGAGAGAGCACAGUGGCCAAUCACAAAACUCACAUAGCUGUGAUGUCAGCACAGCGAAUCACAGGCCAAGAAAAAC